UCGUCGUCGUCGUCGCCGCCGCCGUUGCUCGAUAGGAUGUUUAGAAAUUAACUGCUUGUGCACACAGAGGUUACAGUUCCUUGUAGACUCCUUCAGUUCAGAAAUGACCAUGCAAUGCAUGCUAGUUUCUGUUUACAGUUUCCAAGCAUGCAUGGUUUUGUUGCCUGUGAGUAGAUGAUGUUGGAGUACGUAACGUAGUAACAAUGAGCAGUGAUGUGAAUUGCGAUGAUAUACGUGACGCCGAGAGAGCACAUGAACAGGCGGCAGCGGGCACAGUCCUCCAGUCCUCGGGUGAGGCGAUCGUCGCCGGCGCCAUGGGAGGGGGAGUCCACCACCACCACCCGUGCGUGGCUGCUGAUGGAGAUGGGGCCGGGGCCGGGCCCGGGCCGGCCAGCGUGGAGGCCGCGUUGAGGCCUCUUGUCGGCGUCGACGCCUGGGACUACUGCGUCUACUGGAGGCUGUCUCCUGAUCAGAGGUUCUUGGAGAUGGCUGGGUUCUGCUGCAGCAGUCAGUUCGAGGCACAGCUUCCAGCGCUGGGCGACCUGCCUCCAUCAAUCCAGCUCGACUCCUCGUCUGCAGGGAUGCACGCCGAGGCAAUGGUGUCCAACCAGCCGAUCUGGCAGAGCAGCCGCGUGCCAGAGCUCCAAACAGGUUACUCCAGUGGCAUGGUGCAGGAGCCCGGGUCCAGCGGCGGCCCGAGGACGCGGCUGCUGGUGCCCGUCGCCGGCGGCCUCGUCGAGCUCUUCGCGGCGAGAUACAUGGCGGAGGAGGAGCAGAUGGCGGAGCUGGUGAUGGCGCAGUGCGGGGUGCCGAGCGGCGGUGAGGGGGGCGCGUGGCCGCCGGGAUUCGCGUGGGACGGCGGCGCCUCGGACGCGUCGCGUGGGAUGUACGGCGAUGCGGUGCCGCCGUCGCUCAGCCUGUUCGACGCCGCCGGCAGCGUCGCGGCGGACCCGUUCCAGGCGGUGCAGCAGGCGCCGGGCGCCGGUGGUGGUGGGGUGGACGACGUCGCCGGGUGGCAGUAUGCUGCUGCGGCUGGGAGCGAGCUGGAGGCGGUGCAGCUGCAGCAGGAGCAGCAGCCGCGCGAUGCGGACUCGGGGUCCGAGGUCAGCGACAUGCAGGGGGACCCAGAGGACGACGGCGACGGCGACGCGCAGGGGCGUGGCGGCGGCAAGGGCGGCGGGAAGCGGCAGCAGUGCAAGAACCUCGAGGCGGAGCGGAAGCGGCGGAAGAAGCUCAACGAGCGGCUCUACAAGCUCAGGUCGCUCGUCCCGAACAUCUCCAAGAUGGACCGCGCGGCGAUCCUCGGGGACGCCAUCGACUACAUCGUGGGCCUGCAGAACCAGGUGAAGGCGCUGCAGGACGAGCUGGAGGACCCGGCGGACGGCGCCGGCGCCCCCGACGUCCUCCUGGACCACCCGCCGCCGGCGAGCCUGGUGGGGCUGGAGAACGACGAGUCGCCGCCCACGAGCCACCAGCACCCGCUCGCCGGGACCAAGAGGGCCCGUGCGGCGGCGGAGGAGGAGGAGGAGGAGAAGGGGAAUGACAUGGAGCCGCAGGUGGAGGUGCGGCAGGUGGAGGCCAACGAGUUCUUCCUGCAGAUGCUGUGCGAGCGCCGGCCCGGGCGCUUCGUCCAGAUCAUGGACUCCAUCGCCGACCUGGGACUGGAGGUCACCAACGUCAACGUCACCUCCCACGAGAGCCUCGUCCUCAACGUCUUCCGCGCCGCCAGGCGGGACAAUGAGGUGGCAGUGCAGGCGGACAGACUGAGGGACUCGCUGCUGGAGGUGAUGCGGGAGCCGUACGGCGUAUGGUCGUCGUCGGCGCCGCCCGUGGGGAUGAGCGGCAGCGGCAUCGCCGACGUGAAGCAUGACAGCGUGGACAUGAAGCUCGAUGGCAUCAUCGACGGGCAGGCGGCACCGAGCGUCGCAGUGGGGGUUUCAGAGGAUCACUACGGCGGCUACAACCAUCUCCUCCAAUACCUCGCUUGAUCAUUAUUUAAUUGCGUUCGUUCAUGUUGAAAGUUCGAUCAAACUAUCAAAGGAUGGAUCAACUAAUAAAAACGGGAUCCAUAUAUAAGUAACUGUGAAUUGCGAUCAUUAAUUGUAUGCAUACAAGCAUAUGGUCGUGGAUUAAAGUUUGUUAAUUGGGUUUUCUCACUGCUUUUCUGGAUCUUUCUUGUGUUGGUUCAAACGAGGGCGGAAUAAUAAAGCUAUUUCCUC